CCGCACAUCACUCACCGGAGAGAGGGUUUUAUUUUAGCUGACAAAUAACGAACAGAAUCGCUGAAAACAGAAACACAAAAAACAAUGGCAGCAGAUUCCAGCCCCGACUCAUCUACAAUUCGCUGCCAUCACUGUGCAGGCCCACUCUCUAUGCAGACGGAAACAAGUGAAUGGACAGUGGCUCCGUUCAUAAGGGAUAGCUUUUCUAUGAUUGGAUCUGCUGUUGGUGGUACAACUAGUGCAUUCUACGGAUUCAACCAUGUGAUGCCAGUUGUGCGGAGAUGGGUGAAGGGACCCAUGUGGUUGCAUUUCCUUGUUGGUGCACCCCCUGUGAUUGUAUUCUCUUCAGCUUGUGCUGGACUGACAGGUGGUGCUGUUCCAGCCUUAGCCCAACUUGCUUCGUCUUCUUACCACGCAGCAGUCUCAUCACAAACACUACCUUGUCCACCAUCACAGGAUGAUAAGAUGCACAAAACCAGGACUUCAUCUACCUUGUAAUAUGAGAUCUGAUACAUCUAGAUGCAUUUGAGGAUCUUUUGCUGUACAUGCCCGCUAUAUGUUCAAUCAAAUCGUGGAAGUUCUUGUAGUCAUACUGUGUUGGAGAUAAUAUCUAUUUUAUUUUGUAUGCAGAUAGUCUUGUGAGAUUUAACAUUUAAGGCAAACUAGAGCAGAUAUAAGUUCAUGUCAUUGUCUUCAUCAAAGUUCUUUAUGUGAUCAAAAUCUAAGUUCUAUUUUUAUGA